AUGGUGGUUUCGGGGGUUCCCCGGGAGAACGGCAUCCUGCACGCCAGCGAGAUCGCCAGCAUGGCUCUGGACCUGGUGGCCGUGUGCCGGAGCUUCAGGAUCCCCCACAAACCCAACAUGCAGCUGCAGAUCCGCGCCGGGAUCCACUCCGGUCCGGUGGUGGCCGGCGUGGUCGGGACCAAGAUGCCUCGCUACUGCCUGUUUGGGGACACGGUCAACACGGCGUCCAGGAUGGAGUCUACCAGCCUGGGUGAGCCGGGCCGCUGCCAGAGGGCCCAAAACAGACUAAAAACAGGAAAGAAGUCAAUAAAAACAGGAAAAGACGGAUGA